ACAUGGGAACCUCGACCCUAGGAUCCAGGGGAGGGAAUCCUACAAUGGUACCGUGCUUAGAGCUGUCUUUUUCUCUUCAUCCAGAGCCUUAUGUAAGCUUUUCUCGGGAAACAGGAAGUCCUGUUUGCCAAGUUCAGCACAGGGAGUAGUGCAGGCCUUAUUCCAACACACCCGGCCUGGCCUUAACCCCAGAUCUCAGCCAGUUUCUUGCUUCAGAGAUCCUGGUUCUCUGCACUGGCUCUCUCCCCUCCUUUCUUACCUUUAGUCAUUCCUAGCAAACUUCCCCAGAGAUCUCUCCUGGGCCUGAGCCAGAGGGUCUUCUACCCUCAUCCCUUGACCCUCAACACUGCGGAGCUUGUCCCUUCAUCCUUGCUCCUGGCACCAUGCCCCACAGCCAGCCAACAUCCCCUCCCCCACUUCUGGGGCCGCCCCAGGGUUCCUGUGCUUUGGCCGCUCCUCCUGGGUGUCACUGGCAGCCCCGUGCUUCCUAGAGAGACUGGCGCUAAAUUCUCCUAAGGCUGGAGGAGGGUGGGGGUCUCAAGACAACACUGGCCCCACAGCCAAGUGCCAGGAGCACCAACAGUUACCCUAGCUUGCUUUCCUACUCCUUCCUUUUAAUUCUCAAGUUCCUUUUUAUUUCUCCCUUGCGUAACGCCCUUCUUCCCUUCUGCACCACUGCCUGCACCCCCACCCUCCCUGCUACCUCCUUGCCACCCACUCCUGAGGCCACAGCUGUUGGCAGGGCCCCCAGCUCAUGCCAGCCUCAUCUCCUUUUCUAGCCCCCACAGGGCCCCCAAGAGACAUGGGGGGCCGGGUCCGAGAGCCGGCACUCUCAGUUGCCCUCUGGUUGAGUUGGGGGGCAGCUCUGGGGGCUGUGGCUUGUGCCAUGGCUCUACUGACCCAACAAACAGAGCUGCAAAUCCUAAGAAGAGAGGUGACCCGGCUGCAGAUGACUAGAGGGCCCUCUGAAAAGGGGGAAGGGUAUCCAUGGCUGAGCCUCCAGGAGCAGAGCCCCGGCAGCCUGGAAGCCCUGGAGAAUGGGGAGAGAUCCCGGAGAAAGAGAGCAGUGCUCACCCAUAAGCAGAAGAAGAAGCACUCAGUUCUGCACCUUGUUCCCAUUAACAUUACCUCCAAGGAGGAUUCUGAUGUGACAGAGGUGAUGUGGCAACCAGCUCUUAAGCGUGGGAGAGGUCUGGAGGCCCAAGGAUAUGUGGUUCGAGUCUGGGACACUGGAGUUUAUCUGCUGUACAGCCAGGUCCUGUUUCAUGAUGUGACUUUCACCAUGGGUCAGGUGGUGUCAAGGGAGGGCCAGGGAAAGCAGGAGACUCUAUUCCGAUGUAUACGAAGUAUGCCCUCCAACCCAGACUGGGCCUACAAUAGCUGCUACAGUGCAGGUGUCUUCCAUUUACACCAAGGGGAUAUUCUGAGUGUCAUAGUCCCCCGAGCAAGGGCGAAACUUAGCCUCUCUCCACAUGGAACCUUCCUGGGGUUUGUGAAACUGUGA